AUGCAAAACGCCGCCACAAGAGGGCAUGCUGGGGAACGGAGCUUUGGCAAUAUUCACAUAUACAUUGAUAACUCCAAUCUGUGGAUCCAAGGACAGAAGACCUAUGCCCAGAAGAGAGGUCUCAAAGUGCAGUGGGAUCCGACAUGGCGGUUCGACGUCGGCCGUCUGAAGGACAUCCUCACGGAGAAUUCUGAGUUGGGAGCGGACGAGAAGACUUUUGACAUACGAGUCAACUUGUAUGGAUCGACGCCUCCACCGGUCGACACGGUGUGGAGGGCCAUCGAGUCCCACAAUGUGAAAGUUAGCACCUUCGCACGGAGCUCGUGGACCGGCCGGGAGAAGGAGGUGGAUGCGGAAAUCGUUGCCGACUCCGUGGACGAGGCGUCCGAAGCGUACCGUGAUCAGAUGCCGAGCACCUUCAUUAUGGUUUCCGGAGACCGAGACUUGCUGUCGGCUAUCAGGAAGAUUCGCGACAAAUACGGCUUCUCUGUCCAUGUUUGGUCAUGGAAGAAUUGCCUGGCUAGCAUCUACAUGCAGCCACAAGGCAGAGAACUCGUCCAAGUGAAGCUGCUCGACGACUACCUCGAGCAGAUUGGAUUCUGUGAGACUACCUUCCGCGUCGACCGAAACAUCAUCAACGCCCACAGCACCGUUGUGCUCGACCCCUUAACCAAGGCCGAUGCGAUCGAUCAGUUCAUCUCCAGUAUGAAGACCCCGGUAUAUCGAUACGUCUGCGCUCAUGUGCGUCCCGAGGCAUCCAGCCAGGACUUAGUCAUCAUCCCGGCAUUCGCACGAUACAUGGAAUACAAGGAGCUUGAGAGUCUGUUCAGGGAGUGCAAGGUGAAGCUCGAGAAGCAGGGGCUUAGCGUGCUGAGCUAUUUCGAGUACAGCCAACGCGUCGGCGACCUCAAAGCCGAGCUUGCCAUCUCUGAACGGUUCAAGGAGCUACCAGAGGGGGAGGUUCGUGUUUUCAACGAGGAUGACGGCGAUUACGACGAUGACCUCCUCGUCGAUGACCACUGCGGCGUCGACACUGAUGGUUUCACCAAGGUGAACUAUCGCUCAGAGCAGAAACUGAGACAUCUCAAGAGGGACGAGGAGAAGAUCCGGGUGCGAUGCCAGUGGAGAAAGUAUUGCACCCGCGAACUUAGUUGCAAGUUUGGUCAUACGAAAGAAGAAGAGGACUACUUCAAGGUUUAUGGCCACCAGAAAGCGAACAAGAUCAAAUUAUGCGCUUUCAAGGAGUGCACGAAGGGCAGCAAGCACUGCACUUAUGCGCAUGGAGAGGCGGAGUUGUUUUGCCCUACUUGCGGUAAGACUGGUGCCGGCCAUGUGAUGUCGGACUGCCCUGAGGGUAGUCGCAACUUAAGGCAACACCUCAGGUUUUGA